AUGCCUCAGGGGUGUGGGAUGCUGCAGGCCAAAAGGGAGAGCACUAAGGCGCACGAUGUUAAACUAUUACCUCCUGACAAACUUGCACAUUCCACAGAUGUGCAGGAGGAAAGUGCUAAGACGGAUGAUGGUCAACCAUCAGCUCCUGACGAACCUGCACAUUCCACUGAUGUGCAGGAGGACAGCGUUAAGGCGGACGAUGUUAAACCAUCAGCUCCUGACGAACCUGGACAUUCCAUUGAUGAGCAGAACCCCCUCCAUGAACAAAAGGGCGCAGAUGCGCAGGACUAUUCAGGGAGCUCCGAGGCUGCUGCCUCCCCGUCUUCCUUGCCCCUUUCUCCGGACACGCUAGACAGCUAUCCAGCGAUGAGCCCGGUAGUGCAAAUUUGA